CGUGGGGCGUGGGGGGCGGUGUUUGUAAAAUGCCGAGGAAGAGGAGGAAUGCCGCCGCAUCUAGUCCGGCCCGACCGCCUGAACUGGGGCCUCCUCCCAGGACUGGCUCCGCGACAUCGGCUCCUGCCGCGGCGGAUCGGUCCCAGGCUCUGAUUCGUGGCCGGGCCUUGGGCUCCAGUUCAGUUGGCAAUGAGGUAAACAAGGAAGAAUUGCUGAACAGGAUGACAGAGAUGUUCUCUCACCUGGACCCGAGCGUGGUAUAUGUGGUGCUGUCCGAGUGUGACUUCAAAGCUGACGAUGCAAUGGACUCUUUGUUGGUACUGUCUGAUGCAGCUGAAGGUGUAGCAUCUUCCAGCUUCACUGGAUUUGAUCGUGUGGCAGCUACCCUGAGUGAUGAUCAAGUCAAUAGUAAGAUCAAAGUAGUCAUGAAUGACCACGGAAGUAAUUCGCUUGUUGCUUCUACAAGUACUAGAGAACCUGGAUUGAAUUUGUCUGAGCAAUUCAACUCUUCACCUGACAAUAAACUGAAAAAUUCUCAGACAGAAACCAAUGAUGAAACUGUUUCAGAAGAAAACACAACUUAUCAACAGUAUCAGCCAUUUAUGAAUCAAUAUAAUUCUCCCAUCAGUCAGUUUUCCAGACUCUAUGUGAGCAAUGAGUUAGCUGAGGCAACUCAAUCAAAUUUGAACUCUACUUUCAAUUGUAUGCUAAAUCAACAGCAAAUGACAGAUGACGCGCUGUGUCUCAGGCACUCACCAUUUGCCUUGAAUUCAAAAGAAUGUGAAGAAACUUUAGGCCAAUGUUUUGGUUAUGAAAAAAAUGUCCUUGAGAAAAGACCAGAAGUUCACUUAGAUUAUAACCAGUUGCUGUCAGAAGAUGUCGAAAGCUCCAGCAGCAAGAAAUUCUCUAGUGACCUUGGCGUUGCAUUUUCAAACAGCACAAACACAAGUAGUGCAGAUAUUUGGACAAAUGAAACUGAAAGCAACAACUUGUCAGCAGGCAUUUCUAUGAACAUUGUCCCAAACAAGUAUGGUGAUUCAGUGCUUUCUGGUCAAAAGUAUGACAUGCAUUCAAAUUCUACAGAUCAGCAGAUUGGAUUAUCACUAAAUAGUAGCGUUUCUGCUGAAGGAGGAGGGAAUUGUUCUGGUACAAGUAACAAUGAAAUACCAUGGUUCAUACCAAAUACACAUCCAUCAUCUGCAGAAAACUACAAAUUAUUUGAAGAGACACAAGCAUGUAAAGGAACAAACCAAUUAAAACCAAAAAACAACAUCCUCUCAUUAAAACCAUUAGCAAAUACAGGGAGUAAUUUGAACAAUAUACAACAAAACACAGCUUGUUUACCUGAUUGGUUAGGGGAAAAUAAAAGUGGUGACAACCCACCUAACUUACUGAACAAUGGGGAAGCAAACAGUUAUCAGUAUUCCAGUAGUGUGCUGUUUCCACAUGUUCCAAAUAUGUCUCCAAUCUCAUGGAACCCAUGGGCUCCUGAAUUCAAGCCUAUGAGCUUGCCAAAGAUGUUUGUCACCCCUGUGGCAAUGGGUCCAGCAAAACCAAAGUCUCAUGUUGUUUCACCAUGGAGACCAGCAGGAACUGGUCCUGGUUCACCUCAUCAGCCAAUGAGAUCGGGUACCAUCAACUCACAUUCAAAAUCACGGUUAAAUCAGUAUGGCAUCCAGCAGCCGCAGACUUGCGCGUAUCCAUUUCCACAGCAUAUCAAUAGGAAGAUAUUAGGAACAACUAAAAUGCUUAUUUUGAUGAGGGGACCACCUGGAUCUGGGAAAAGUACCCUAGCCAGAAUGCUUGUUCAACAGGGGCCUAAUGGGAUGAUUUUCAGCACAGAUGAUUAUUUUUGUCGAAAUGGACGCUAUCAGUUUGAUCCUGGUUUGAUUGGAAAGGCUCAUGAAUGGAAUCAAAAGCGAGCCAAAGAAGCCAUGGAAAAAGGUUACUCUCCUGUAAUAAUAGAUAAUACAAAUACACAAGCGUGGGAGAUGAAAUCUUACAUCACUAUGGCUGUGAAGCACAACUAUAAUGUUGUAUUUCGUGAACCAGAUACCUGGUGGAAGUUUAAACCGUGGGAGCUUGAAAGACGUAAUAUUCAUGGGGUGUCGAAGGAGAAAAUUAAAGCAAUCAUAGAUCACUAUGAGCACCAUGUUACAGUCAACACUAUAAUAAAGUCAUCCGAACCUAAAAUUCCCGAAACAGAAGCUGUAGAACUGUGUCCUACAAGUGCAGCAAGUGGAGCAAUGAAUGGAGACCUACAUCACAUGACUAUGGCAACAAGACCAUCAGCUUCUUCAGUGUGCCAGGUUUUACCUGAUUCCUUGAUGCCUCCUUUUAAGAGUACAGAACACUUGUCAACUACUGAAAUAAACACAGAUAACUUGGAGCAAUGCACAAGGCUGCCUUCAGAUUUCCCCAGUGAAAGCAGAAAACAUGGAACUGAACAUGAGACUAGCAAUAAUGCUACGUUUUCAAAAUUACCACAUGGAGAAAACAUACAAAAAGAUCAAACUCUUGAAUCAAAUGGUAGUAAUUAUAAUUUAGCAUCUCAUGCUGAAACUGAAGAUGAAAAAAGAAAGACAAUCAGGGUGGAAACUUUUGAAUCCAAGUUUGAAGGAACAGAAAAUACUGAACGCGUAGAAAGUCACAAAGAUAAUUUAGCACUGUACGAUGAUUUGCCAACUGCUUUUAGUACAUCUAUUGGCCAGAGAAUUAGGAGAACGAAAUGGCAAGGUGCUAAUAGUACAAGUAGUGCUUCGGAAAAUGGAGGAACACCAAAACUGCCAGUUGAAGACGAUCCAUCUGGAGAAAAUAAUUUGACAGAAAAGUCACAAGCUGUAGAACAACGUCAUCAGAUUAUUGAACCAGAAUUCUUAAAUUUUGUUGGCGAUUGGCCAGUAGCAGAGAAAUUGAAACCUCAAGAUCAGAGGAAAAAGAAAACCAGAAAAAAAUCAGAACUAAAGAUUAGAAAUAAAUCUGACACCUUUGAUUCUGUCAUUCCAAGUGAUUCCUUAAAAGACGCUGCUAGUAGUUUGGUUGAACAGAGGAAUAUAGAAAUCUCACCAGGAACAAACAGCUCUGAAAUCUCUGCUGAUAGUUCAGAUAAUCCUAAUGUGUUAUCGUCAACUGUUAAAAAUUCUACUUCAGAAAUAAAUUCUGUAAACCAUGAGGAGCAUAAAACUCUAGGAGCUUUUGAACAGCAAAAUGCUGAAGCAUUGUCUGAAAAACCCACAAAUAGAAAAUCUUUGCAGAAUGGGGGAGUAGGUAAAUCUUGCAAAUUGGCACUAACACUUCCAGGUAACAGCCCAAUUACUGAGAAGCCUUUGGAACCUGUCCUUUUGAACACUGUCCAGAUGGAGAACUCUAUUCUAAUUUCAGAUAAUUCAGAACAGAAUAGUUCAACGCAAACUGCUCCUGAAGACUUUGCUCUUUUAUGGAAGAUUGAAAAUCAAAAAGUUGUUUCUACUGAGUUUAAAAUAUUGACAGCAGCUGUAGAUGAACUUAAGGUAACAGACUUUGAUGCAACACAAGAAUCUAUAAACCCUGUGAAAUCAGUGCCCUACAAACUUGUGCAUGACAAAAGCACAUUUGUAGAUGAAAAUGCAUUUGUUAAUGAAGAGGAGAAUUUGCAGAUACUUAGUAAUUGCUUUAAAUCUGUUCCUUUUGAAGAUUUGAUUGAUUUAUAUGAAAAAUGUGAUGGAGAUAUAGAAUGGGCAACCAAUUUAUUGCUUGAUUCUGGUGUGAAGCUUUCAAAUGAAGAUCCGGUGAAUCAGAUGUCGGUUGCAGAUGAUAAACUUGUAACUAGCAGUAAUGUACAAGUGACCCAGAAACCACAAAUGGAGAAAAUAGAUUUUGAUGAUCAGUCACAAAGUGGCAAAUCUAAUUCUGUUAUGAAUCAGUUGUCUUAUGCCAAUGAAACUACAACAGACAUAAAUAAUCAAUCAUCAGUGAUUUAUACACAACAAAACAAGAAACAUCUGUUGCCUUACCUUGGAUAUGAAGACUUAAGCCCUCCAUCUGACAUUACUACAGAAUCUAUAGUGAUAGCUGAAGAGUUGAAAAAUACAAACAUCAUCAGUGAAGCACGUGACAUUGAUCAUGACCAGUUUACUAAUCCAUGUAAGGAAUAUUGUGUAGGAGGAGAAUGCGAUGAUUCAAAGCUUAGAAAGGAUUUGCCAAAUGAUCAUGUAACAUGCAUUGAAGGUAACAUAUCUCAUACUUCAAAUAUAAAGGUAUUAAAUGAAAGAAGCAUGUACUUAUCUGAAUGUAUAGACGUAAAUGAUACUGCCACAGUAUCACAGCCAGAACUUAAUACCUUUAUCGAAAAUUCAAAUGAAAAUCAGUCAAGCUAUAACACCGAGAAACUUGCAACAGAAAAGGAAACUAAGGAGACACUGGAAGGUGAAAGUACAAGUCAGGAUCAUUUGGGAUUGUUUUCUGAUGCAUUGAACAUUCAGACUUUGGAAUUAUACUUGCCACCGGAACUGGCAAUUCAACUUACUGACCUGUUUGGAUCGGUAGGUCUUGAUCCAGAUUAUUUGACUCCAGAGGAUUGUGUUGUCCAGCUGGAUCUGAAUUUGGCAAAAGUUAUCCAUCAGAAGUGGAAGGAGACUGUAUUGGAAAGAAAGAAACAAGAAUCUCUAUCAUACCAGCUUCUUUUGGAAGAUGGCAACUUACCUGAGAAUUUCAAGUGGGACUUUGAAGAUUCUGUGAAAGAGGAAGAGGAGGGUGCUUUUACUUUGAAAUGUGAUACAAAAAGGUCAAAGAGAAAGGAUGGAAAGAAAACAAUCCCUGUAUCAACUGCAUUGACUGUCAAGAGGGAUCUAAUGGAAGGCUUUCCAUUUAUGGACCACUGGAAUACUCAGGUUCCUAGCGUGUCAUUGAGGGAUAUCAUGUCAGAGGAGAUGGACUUUCAGACAAAACAUGACCAGUCCAUUAUGAGAUCCCACUUAUCCUCAAAAGACUGUGCAACAAAGUUAAAGGAAAAACGCCUCCUAGAGAUGUUUCCGGGCAUUGAUAAACACUUCAUCAUGGAUAUGUAUAAAGACAACAACUAUUCAUUUGAGCAGACAGAACAUUUUUUGAAGUCAGUAUUUGAUUGCAAUGCAGAGUCAACAAAAACCAUUGCAGUUCUUGAAAGCGUCCAUCAAAAUGAACCAACUGUGGGUCGAAACAAGAAGGACAUGGUGAACAAGGAUUUUAAGGAAAUGGACAAUGAGCGUACAUUCCAGGAUGCAGAAUUCCCAAAUUAUGAAGACUUUCGAGCUGAAGCAGUUUUGCAUCGUCGCAAGCAGCAGGAAUGCUUCAGUAAGGCAGCAGAAGCUUAUCGAAGGGGCAUGAAGCCAGUAGCCACAUUUUAUGCACAGCAGGGUCACCUUCAUGGCGAAAAGAUGAAACAAGCCAACCACAGAGCUGCUGUAAAAAUUUUGAAGCAAGUGAAUGUGUCUUUACUUCCUCAAAAUGUUUUAGAUCUGCAUGGCCUUCAUGUAGAAGAAGCCCAGUACCACCUGGAAAAAGUGCUAUUUGAGAAGAUCGAUGAAUACCAACAAAAAGGUGGUAAAUCUUACCUGACUGUCAUAACCGGAAGGGGAAGCCAUAGCCAAGGAGGAGUAGCACGUAUUAAACCAGCUGUUAUUGACUACCUCAAAACCCACAACUUCAGAUUCACCGAGCUACAGCAAGGUGUUGUGAAAAUCAAGUUGAAUUAAAGAAUGAUUUGACGAGAAAAAUCCUUCCCAAUUCUGAAAGUAUGCAACUAUCUCGUGGUUUUAUUGUUACUGCAUCAAAACAAGCAUUUAAGCAUGUGGUGCUUUCUUUUUAAGUGGCAACACUCAGGGAUUUCCAGCAGCAUUGAAUACAAUGAAACUUUUAUUAUGGUAUGUUGAAGUAUGUCUAUUUGACUUGUACUGGGGUAAGGCAUAUUUUAACCUGAAAUGUUGUUCUGAUAAGUAUACUCAUCAUAAGAUUGAACCUUUUUAAAAUUUCUUUUAAAUAAUUGUCCUAAUCCUUUAGUUUCUCUUUGUAGUAUUUUGAAAUAUCAGUACAGGUUAGGAACUGUCCAUUCUGAAACAUCAAGACUGCUAAAAUUUGUUUCAUUGAUUACUCCACCUACAUGCUACAGUUGAAAGGAUUUCUCCUUGCCAUCCCUUGAAUUUCAGAAAGAUUAUCUUUAGUCGGUAUAAAGUAAAAUUUGUGGGAUACUAGAACUAUUAGUGAGACGGAGUAAAAUAAGUCCUUCAAGGUUUGUGCGAAGAUUUGUAGCUCGGGUGCUCGUUGUUGUGGUUCUGUUCACCGAGCUGGAAGUUUUUGUUGCAAACGUUUCGUCCCCGGCUAGGCGACAUCAU